AUGCCUCAAUAUAUGUUAAAAUGUGUGUUAGUCAAUGAUGGUUCCACUGCACUACACAGUGCUGCAAGUACAGGAAAUACAGAAAUGGUCCAAUUGCUUAUUGAUAAUGGAAUCGAGAUCAAUUUUCAGAACAAGGAUGGUUCGACUAUACUGUUUGACGCUACAUUAAAAGGAAAGACAGACAUCGUCCACUGGCUUAUUGACAAGGGUAUUGAUAUUAAUGUAAUGGACACGGAUGGUUCCACUGCACUACACAUUGCUGCAAGUAAAGGAAAUACAGAAAUUGUUCAAUUACUUAUUGAUAAUGGAAUCGAGAUCAAUGCUCAGAACAAGGAUGGAAAUACCGCGCUACAUUUGGCUGUCGAAAGACAAAGCGAUGUGAUGACAACUCUUUUAUUAAACAGAGGUUGUAAUCCAAACAUACAAAAUAUAUAUGAGCAGACCCCGAUGGAUAAACCAACCAGCAAUAAGAAAUUAAGACAGGUAUUUAAGGAUUAUAAAUCACGCUUGCCUGGUCUUCCAAUUGAAAUUCAAAAGCUAGACAAAAAAUCUGCGCAAGUUUUUUCCAGUCUGUUGGGAGAAGAAAGUUAUCCACACUUUGAAUCAAGAGUAAUGUUAGCUGGAGAACAGGGCACAGGAAAGACAACUAUAGCGAGGUAUCUUGUUGGUAAACGGCCAACGCGAUUCAGGAUGUCAACAGAUGGGAUAGAAUUAUACAAUGGUCUUUCAUAUAUGGACAUUGAAAAGAAGGAAUGGCUUGGUGGAGAGCAAGAUUUUUCCCUGGAAGAAAUCACCGUUAGCAGAUCCCUUUUACAAGAAGACAAAAGAAAAAAGAAUAUUAAGUUACAAGAUAGAUCGUCAACCAGUCAAGAUUUAUCAUGUAUGACGGAGGACGCAUCAAUACGGGAUAGCGAAGAUGAUAUCAAUUAUAAAUCAAAUGAAUCAACAUCGUCAAAUGCCUCUUCAUCCACUCAAAGCUCCGUGACAACAUAUCAAAAUGUCAAAACCCUGCCAGAGCAUCACUUUAAAACUUUACUGGAUGAUGCUGGAGGUACGGGUAUACAUAUAAACAAGAAAUCACCAGGUCAUGAUUCAGGACAGAUAUCGGAAAUACAAGACAAAGACGAUGCCAUUGAGACAGCUGUGCUAGCUAAACUCUCUAGUUCAGAACGGCAAUCAGAGAGCUUAGUUGUUGGUGGAAACAUUGCAGUUGACUCUGUCAAUAUAAAUAAACGAGUAGCACAAAAUUAUUCAACUGGAAAAGAAAAUACUGAUGCUGCGAAUGAUAAACAAAUAUUUGAAGCUUCGUUUGAUAAAUUAACACCACGGAACGAUUCCCAUGAUGCUUCUAUAGCAUGUAUAGAGUCAGGUUUCGCUGGUGAUUUGCAUAUAGAAACUGUUACUGAACGUGGAGUUAUCAGAAAGCUAAAACGAUUCUUUGGUAUUACCAAACAAGUCAAAGAAGUUAAAGUGUCUAUAACUAAGGAAAAAUUGUUAGAGAAGUCCUCUAAAGUCGGAAAAAAGAAGUUACACAAGAAAAAUAUAGCACCUAUUAUAAUCUGGGAUUUUGGUGGGCAGGAUGUUUUCUAUUCAACUCAUCAGACAUUUCUGACAUACAGAGCUAUAUACAUAAUUGUAUUGGAUGGAAGUAGAAAACUUGAUGAUCCCUGUCCGUUUGAACAGUACCUUCCAGGAAAGAGUGGACAUAAAACCUCAAGAGAUUAUCUGCUAUUCUGGAUCAACACCAUUGUAACAUACUGUAAAGGAAGUAUCCAGGGGUUUCCUAAAAUUAUGGUUCUUUUAACUCACAAAGAUCAGGUAUCCCCUAGUGAGGUUGAACAAAGACGACAUGACAUAUUUGAAGAAAUCUACAAGAUGUUUCACAAAACGCCAUUGAUGAAACAAUUGGUGAUUGAUGAUGCAAUAUUUGUAAACGCUAAAGACAAAUAUGACCCCGAAAUGGAGAAGAUAAAGACCGCCAUCAUCAGGGAAUCUGAGACGCAGCCAACAUGGGGCGAAUCUCUCCCAAAAUGCUUUAUCCCUUUAGAGUUAGAAUUUGCAUCACUAAUCAGACGAAAUAUUUCUCUAAUUACGCUAGACCAUCUAGAGAAAAUAAACUCUAUGCAGCCUAUUAGAACGUUGUCAAAAUCUGAGUUGAAGGUAUUUCUGAAAUUUCAACAUUCAAUUGGAAAGUUAUUAUACUUUGAUGAACAUAAAUUGGCAGACCGUAUUAUUUUGUCUCCCACACUUCUCAUCGAUGCAUUUAAAUCAAUUGUUACAGAUAGGCGCUUUUGUGAGGGAGACAAGAAACGAGAGGAAAUAUGGGAUGCAAUGGGCAAGAAAGGGGUGGUAUCAAAACAAGCAAUAGAGAGCGUUUGGAAGGGAAAGAAAUAUGCAAUAUUUUACAAAGACAAAGAUUAUCUAUUAAAUGUCAUGACCUAUCUGGAUAUAUUGGUCGAACCAAAGAGAUAUGGUUCUGAUCACAAACGUAUCACUGCUGAUUUCUACUAUGUUGCAAGUAUGGUUCGAGCUAUAGAUGAAUCUGGGUACCUUCAAUCUGCUGACAUCACCAAACGAAAUAUUGCUAUAGCCUUUCUUUCGUCUUCAAUGAUGAUACCUCCAGCAUUAUCAUUCAGAUUUAUCAGUUACUGUUUGCAUGUUUGGGCGGUGAAGACCUAUGGAGAGACCAACAGGGACAUGCUGUUCCAUAGGUCAGGGGUUUUCACUGUUGAUCCUUAUGUUGAUAUGUAUGUUCUCUGUGAAGAUGAGAGGAUUGUUGUACGUCUCGUCCAUGCUGAAACAAACACACUUAUAAUGAGGGAUAUGGCGUCCAGCGUAAACGAAUGUUUGGUAUCUGCCUUGGAAAAAAUCAGUCAGUUGUAUAUCAAAACAAGUAGCGAUGAGAGUCAACACAUUGAUGCGUCCUUUAUCACCAGCAUAUGUUGUAACUCACCAGAUAAUCCAUGUACCCUACCGUUACCAAGAUUAGCAAACAUUGACAACAUCUGGACAUGUCCGUCUCAUGGUAUUGAACACAACAUACAUACAAUCACAUCGUGGUUUGCAAGAAAGGAUCAAGAAGAUUGUGAACCAGGGUGCCCAGUUACAAAUGCUGACUUUUUGAAAGUGACGCCAUCAGAUCUACACCUACGUCGUUUGUCAUUAUUGUUUAGAAAAAAUGAAGUCAGGGAAACAGCAAUCAAAUUGGGAUUGUCAACCAAGGACAUAGAUAGGAUUCUAGAAUCUGACGAUUCAGUGAAAUGGAAUUUUGAAGUUUUGAGGCGAUGCAGAGACAGUAUUGCAGUGACUUUUAAGCACAUCAAAGAAGCAGUGGAGGCAAGUGACCAAGAGGAUAUUCACAUACUUUGCAAGCUUGUAAAAGCAGAUUCUAUUGAUUUUGAGAAGGACGCAGAUAAAUGGGACACUGUACCAACAGAGGAGCACAUUGACAGAUUGGCUCCAUUGAUUGGAAAUAACUCACUUCCGUUCCUGAUAGAACUUGGAAUGGAGUUUCAGACCUGGGAGCAGAUUACCCACAGGCAAAACGAACGAGACUUGGUAAGACUGAACAAGGACAUUUUAGAAGAAUGGAGAUUCCAGUUUUGCAAGAUGCACAGUUUGAAACCAACUUUGAGGAAUGUCGCAAAUGCAUUCAUUAACAUUGAUAAUAGAAUUGGAACUUAUAUAUAUUCCUCACAAGGAGCUGAUGGAAAUAAAGGAAUUUAA